AUGGAUUUAACUGAUUCUUUUCUAAAUAUAGAAAAUAAUGAUUUAAAAAGAAAAGAUAAUGCAUAUAUAUAUUUGAAUGAAAAGGGAGGAAAUAUAACCCUAAAUAAUAUGAACAAGUCAGGUCAGGAAUUGACUGAAAAAAAAAAAAAAAACAAUACUUUGGGGUUAAAUCAGGAAAAUUUGUUACUAAAAAUAUUAAAAAAUAAUGAAUUGAUAUGGAAAAAGAAAGAAGAUAGAAGGAAAUUUUUAAGCAAACAAAACUUAAUUAACAGCAACGAUCAUAAUAAUAAAACAAAACAUAAUGAUAUAAAUACGCACAUGUGUAAUGGCUAUUUACCUGCAUAUGUUAAGGAAAACGAAAAUGUAUUUUAUAAAACCUCUUAUGAACUUUAUAAUAUGAUAAAAUAUCAAAAUAUAGACAAAUGCUACAAAACAGAUAAUUUAAUAAAUUUUUAUAAUGAUCAAAAUAUACUAAAUUAUAAAAAAAUAAAGAGAAAAAAUGAAAAUAAAAAUAAAUAUUAUAUAGACAAAAAUAAUGUACACUCUAACGAUUUAGAAUCGAAUAUUCUAAGUUUCGAGUCAAAUAACUUUUCUUCAAAUUAUUUAUUAGAAAGUUUUAAUAAUAAAUUAGUAAAUAAUUACAUUAACAUUCAUAAUACAGAUUAUAUUGAAAUUCAAGAUAUAUUUGAUGAAAGCAAAUUAAAUAAUGUUAAAAAUAAAAAUUUAUGUUUUUAUAAAAAUGUAGAUUUAAAAAAAUUUAUAAAAAAUGAAAAUAAUUAUAUGAAUGAAUUUAUGAAUCCACCAAAAAAAAAAAAUAACAUUUAUUCACAACACUUAAAAGAAAAUCAAAUUCAUUCUAAAAAUGAAAUAAAUAAUAAUCCACACACUGAUGAAAUAGGAAAAAAUAUAGACAAUAUAAGUAUAUAUGAAGAAAAUUCUCAAAUCGACAUAAUAAAUAAUAACAUAUAUCAUAAUGAUGUCCAUGAUUAUAUUCCCAAUAAUUUAAAUGAUAAUUUUAUUGACGAAAUAAAAUCAGAUCAAAAUAAAUUUGAGGAAUAUAAAAAUAAUAUUAGUGAUAAUAUAUUAGAUUUUGAUUUAGAUAAAGAAUUUCAUUUUAACGACGAUAGUUUGGGUGGUAAAUAUAAUAAAAACGAAAAUGAAAAAGAUAAAAUUGAAACAUUAGAAUGUGAGCUUAUAUUUUCUGAAAAGGAUAGCAGUAAAUUUAGUGACAAAAAUGACAGUUUGAUGGAUAUUAUAAAUGACUACAACGAGGAAGAAAUAGGGUAUGGAAAAAAACAACAAAUUGAAAUCGCAUUUGAAAAUGUAAACGACGAUGCAAAUGAAGUUGUAAAUGUAAAUGAUUUUAUAGAUAUAGAAUUCCUUGACAAAAAGGAAAAAAUAACUGAUCUUAAAAACAGUGAUGAAAUAUCUGAACAAAUUAGCGACUUUUUUUUUGAUGGUGAAAAAAAAGAAAAAUUAAAAUUAGAAGAUGAAUAUUGCAAAAAUGAUGAUGAUAAAUAUAUAUCAAACUAUGAAUUGAAUAAAAGUAAUAUAAAUGAUAACAUACUUAUUAUGAAUGAUGUUGAAGGGGGCAAUAUAAAUGGCGAUAAAGAUGAUGUAGAAAAUGUAAAUAAUGUUUAUUCGCAAAUAAAUGAAGAACACGAAAUUAUAAAAGAUUUUGAUUUAAACAAAGAAAAAACCGAUUUUUACAAUUCCGUUGUUUAUUCAUUUGGCAAUAAUUACAAUAAUAAAGAUAAUUAUACGCAUCUAAAGCAAAAUAAUAAUGAUCACAAUAUUUUUAAAAAUAUAUAUCAAGAAUAUUAUCAUAGUAUAAAUAAUGAUAACUUAAAAAGUGAAAUUGAACUAUUUGGAAAUCAUAUAAUAAAUAACAGUUAUAUAUUUAUGCUCUUAAAUUAUAAGUACAUAAAAAAUUAUAACUAUAAUAAUUCAAUUUAUCCAUUUAAUAGUGAUGAUUACACAAAUUAUAUUUUUAAAAAUAGAAAUUUGGAUAAAAAUAUUUUACAAAAUGAAAAUAUAAUUCAAGAAAUUUUUGGAACAAAUGAUGAUAAAUAUCCACAAAAAAAUAAUAAAUUAAAAAAAAAAAUAAAAAAUCGAUCAAGUUUAAAGCAUAUGCAAAAUAUAUAUCACAAUUCUUUAUUUUCUGAUCCACAUCUUUUGAAAAAUAUGAAAUCGUCUAUCCUUAGAAAUAAAAACACUAAUAUAAUUCAAAAUGAAAAUCAUAUAAUAAAUCCUUGUGAUAUAAAUAAAAAUACUAAUUUAGUUAAUAAAUUAAAUGAAAAUGUUGUAAUUGAUACAAAUAGACAUAUAAAUAAUUCCAAUAUUAUCAAAGAUAGUCAAAAUAUAGAUCAUAAUAAUGGAAACAAUAUUUUAGAUUCUGAUAAAAAUAAAAUAAUUUCUAAUAUGAUAAAACAUAAAGGUAAUUAUAAUCAUGAAGAAAAUGAUGAUGAAUGUUCUGAGCAUUUUAAUGAAAAAUAUUAUCAUACAUAUCAUUAUGUGAAUAAUAAUAAAUUAUUAAAAAAAAAAAAAAAAAAUGAAAUGUUUUAUAUGGAUUUUAAUACAUAUCUAGAUAUUGAUCAUAAUAAUAUGAAUAGACAAAAAGAAUCAAAAAUAUAUUUAGGAAAUUUUACUAAAAUUAUGAAUGAAUUUAAAAUGGCUGAUAUUCAAUAUAAUGAAAAUUAUAUUUUUGAUAAACUAAAUGAGAAGCUAUUACAUGAAGUCGAAAAAAAUGAUUAUAUUUCAUAUAUGUUAAGAAAUAUUUUUUUAAAAGAAAAAAAAUAUUCAGAUAUUCUUUUAAAAUGUUUAAUUUAUAAACCUGAUGAAUAUCAAAACGUAGGGACAAUAAACUUUCAUAAUAAUAUUUUAAAUGAAAAAGAAGAAACUUAUCGAAUUAUUAAUAAAAAAACUUCUAAUUUAUCUAAUAUUGAUGAAGAAGGUGUUUUAACAACUUUAGAAAAAAUGAAAAAAACAAAUAAGAUUAUUAAAUUUGAUGAUAGUUAUUUUAUUAACAACAAAAAAAAUAGAUUAGAAUGUGCUGAAAAUAUUUUAAAAAAAACAAAAAAUAUAAUAUUUUUCUCACAUUUAAAAUUAGAUAAUUAUUAUAAAAAAAAUAAUCCUCAUGAAAUUGAAAAUAUGAUUCUAUCAUAUAAUAAUGUAUAUGUCAACAGUCAAAUGACAAAGGAUUAUUAUUAUAGUUUUGAGUUAUCCAAUAAAAAAGGUGUAAUAGCUUUUUCGAGAUUUCAUAAGCUCGAUUUUAGAACAGGCAUACAUAAAUAUUAUCAUGAAUAUAAGAAAUCUAAAAUGAUAUUAAAUGAUGAUUUUAACAAAUUUCACGAAUUAGAAAAUUUAGAAGAAAUUGAUGGGGCUGACAAGGAUGACGAAGCUGAAGAUGCAGUGCCAUGGGGGUGGAAAAAUAUAGAAAAAAACUAUUUGGCACAAAAAGAUGAAAAUUUAAUUAUUUCGUCAUAUUGGAAUUAUAUUAUUCCUGAAGUUGCUAAAACACACUCCUAUUUUAACCACCCAAUAAACAAAUUUUUUAAAUUAGGAAAUCGUCAAAAUAUUAAAAAUAGCAAACAUCUUAGUAUAUGUAGUAUAGACAAAUAUGAAAAUGCAAAUAAAUAUUUUAAUGGAAAUAAUAAAAACUAUUAUAUUAGAAAAACUUUUAAAAAUAUUGUAAACAUUUUGAAUAAUGAAAAUUUUAAUUUUGAUUCCCACAUUUUAGAUGCAUGGGCAAUUGAAAAAGCAUAUGAUCAUUCCAUAUUUGACGAAGAUGAUGGAAAUGAAAAUAUAAACAUUGAUAAUAACAUAAAUGGCAAAACAGAUAACCAUGCUUUUUUUUUUUAUAACAAUUCAUGCUUACUAUUAAAUGAUGAUAGCCCAUUAAUCAUUUUAGAAUAUGUUGAAAAAGAUCCAUUUAUUAUAUUAAAAUUAGGAAUGAAUAGUAAAAUAAAUCACUAUUUUACAACAAAAGAUGAUGAAAGUUUAUAUUCCCUUGAAUAUAAAAAUAAAUUAAAAAAAUAUAUAGAACCAUUUGGUGAAAUUAAUGUUAUAAAAGAUUAUAUUAAUUAUUUUGGUGUUCCUAUUAAAAUUAAAAAACAAAAUCAAAAACUUACAUUUAUUGAAAAUGAAAUAUUUAAAGCAUUAUUAUUUACAAUUCCUGUAUAUUCUAUGCAUAAAGAAAAUGACGACUAUUCCAUAUUUGACGAACCAUCACAAGCAAUAAAUGAACAUCUUGUUGAUGUAAAUCAUUUUCAAAAAAAUGACAUGUUUAAAAAUGUGGAAAAUAUAAAUCAUUCUGAUAAUGUUUUUAUUGAAAAUCAACAAAAUAUAAAUUCAUUUAAUUCUGGAGAAAAAAGCAUACAUAAUGAACAUAUACAUACAAACUCGGAAAUAAAAAAUUAUUCAAACAUACAAAAUGAAAGCACUGCUAAGCAUAGCAUAAAUGAAAAGAAUCAUCAUUCUAAUAUUCCAAAUAGUAAUGACAAAGAUGAUUCUAAUAUGUUUUAUAAUACCGAUUUUUUACUUAUAAGAAAUAUAUCAAAUAAUGGAAAAAAAUAUUACAUCAAGCCAUUUUAUGUCGAUAUAAAAAUCUGUAAAAAUAUAAAAGAAAAUAAUGGAAUCAUAAAUUGCAUAGGAAAUAAUAUAAACAAUUCGAACAAACAUAAUGAUCAAUAUGAAAACCAAAUGAAUAAAUCUGAUCAAUAUAAAACCAAUAAUUAUAAUAAAAAUGAUUUAAAUCAUUUUGAAGAAAUAGAAAAUAUGGAGAAAUAUAAUUCGAAUAAUAUAUAUGUAGAAAAUAUAAACAAUCAAUACAGAGAAGGAAAUGAAAAUUAUUUAAAUAUUAAUUACACAAAUUGUAUAUUUUAUAAUGUUGGUUUUCUAGAUAUGCAUGUAAGUACAUAUAAUCCAUUUUAUAAAAAAUAUAUAGAUGAAAAAAGAAAUUAUAUAAGAAGUUGGCUAAUCAAAUUAAUAACAAAACAUCAAAUAAAAGACAGUAAAAAAAUAAAAGAAAUAUUAAAAACAAAAUUAAAUACAUUUAUAAAUGAUAAAGAUAUUAAUGCAAUUGUAAAAUCAGUCGAUAUAAAUUUUAUUUUAAGUAAAGAAUACAGAGAUGAUAGAAAUAACAAAAAUUCAUAUAAAUCGAAAAAUGUUUGUAUAUUAGAAUGUAUUUAUCAUUUUAUACAAUUAUAUAAAUAUGAAGGAAUAAAUUUUAAAAAUAUUUUAGAAAAUCAAGAAAAAUUAAAUAAAAUUAUUUUUCUUUUAAAUAUAGAAAAAGAAAGAGCUAAUAAUAACAUUAUUAAUAUUAAAAAAAAAAUGAAAAUUAUUUAUGACAAAUAUUGUUAUAAAUCAGAAGCUAAGUCUAUACAAUUUUCUUUAAAUAAAGAAGAUAUAUAUAUUGAUAUGAUAGACAAUUAUCAUUAUGUUGGUUCUCAUUUUUAUGAUAAAAAUCUUAUUAAUUAUUUUCUAUAUAUUAGAUAUCUUAUAUCUUGCUCCCCUUGGAAUAUAUUAAAAGAUUAUUCAACCAACCUGUCUACUUCGAAAUAUAGUAACAACAACAAUAAUAAUAAUACAAAACAGGAAAUAGGUCGAAAAAAAAAAACGAUAUAUAAUAAAAAAUAUGAUUCUUUGAAUAAAAAGAAAAAGAAAAACAAACUUAAAAAUACACAGCAAAAAUUAAAAAUAAGAAAAAAUAAAUAUCAAUUUUAUUAUGAUCAAAAAGACAAUGAUACUACUUCGAAUGCAACUAGCAAUGAUAAUGACCAAAUUAAUAAUAUUUAUAGUGAUGAUAAUUUUGAAAGGUAUGAUAAAAAAAAUUUGAGAAAAAAAAAAAAAAAAAAUUUGAAUCAAUAUAGAAAAAGGGAAUUGAAGAAUAAACAAGAUAGUGAUAUUUUUGAAAUGAUUGAUGAAGAAAAUAAGGAAGAAAAAAUAUAUCAUAAAAAAAAAAAAAAUAAUAAAGUAAAUAAGGGAGAAAACAGUUUUAGUGAACUUAGUGAUUUUAGCUUUAGUGAAGAAGAUAAUGAUGAAAGUGCCGAUGAUGAUAAACAUAGCAAUAGUUCAAAUGAUGAAAAAAGGAAAAAAAAUAAAAAUAAAAAUGAUGGCGAUAAUAAAAAAAAAAACAAAAAGAACUAUUCCUAUGCUUUUUACCUAUUUAAUCACAUUAUAUGUAACGAAAAAAUACAACAAAAAAUUGGAAAUAAAAAGAAUUCUAUAGACAAUAGCAAUUACAAUGAUGCAUCAAUUUGUAAAAAUAACGCUUAUUUAAAAAAACAAAAAUAUCAACAAAACUUGAAAUAUAAAGGAAGAAAUUCUGUACAAAAUAUUUUUUUUCAAAAAAAUGAAACAAAAAAAAAAGGAUAUACAAACUUUGCAAAAGAUAAUAAAGGAUAUACUUUUCAUGGAAAAGGUAAAUAUAACUUCAGUUAUUUUAAUGCUAAUAAACGUAUGAGCAAAGGGAAAGAUGAAUUUAAAAAUGAGACUCAAAUUGAAAACACAAAAAAAAAUUCAUAUAACGAAUUAUCUGGAAUUGAAGAAUAUGAUGAAGAAAUAAAUAAAUACGAUCAAGAUAUAAACAAAAAAGAAAAUAAAAAAGAACAUGGAAAUUACUAUUUAAUAAAUAACACAUUUAAUUUGGCUAGAAAAGAUAAAGGAAAAAAAAAAUAUAUGAAAUAUUUAGAAAAUUAUCAAAACCUAAAAAAUAAACAAAUUCGAGAAACACAAAAUUAUGUUGACGAAUUUAAUAAUAAAGAAAUUACACAAAACAUAAAUUUUAUAAAUAUUUAUAGAGUUAUAGAAUAUUUAAGUGGAAAGGAUAUUAUUAACAUUCUUUUAAAUGUUGGAUUUAGUAUGAUAAAUAUUAAAAAAAUGAAUAGAAAUGAUCAAAUAAAUAAAUUGAGGAAAUAUAUCGAAAAUGGAACUAUAACAAAUCAAAACAAAAUUAUAUAUAUUACAAUGAUUAAAAAAAUUAUUUUAGAGCAGUUUAAAAAUUUACAUUUUCCAGUAUAUUUAAAAUAUAAUAAUAAUGUUUUAUAUUUAAAUGAGAAAAAAAUAACAAGUUUUUUUAAUAACGUUGAUGAACUAAAUAAAUUAACUAAUAAUACUAUUACACAUUCUGGGGAUAUAAACAUUAAACGAACAAAAAAAGUAGAAAAGAAUAGAGUGAAAUUAAUUAAAGAUUUUUUUAAAGAAUCAAUUAAUGAUGAUUCUGCAUGUUCAUCAGAUAUGGGUACAUCUUCGGGUUCAGAUUCACAAUUAGGAGGUGGUUUACAUGAUAACGAAAUUGGAAAAAAAAAAAAAAAAAAUGAAUUUUUUGAUGAUGAAUCAGAAGAAGAAGAAGAAGAAAAAAAAGAAUUAGAAAUUAUAAGAGAAAUGCAAGCAAAAAAUAAUAAUAUAGAAGAUAAUGAAAAUAAUUAUAAAUUAAUUCAUUGCCUAAAAUGGACUAGAAUAUAUAUUAGAAAACGUGACAACUCUAUGAGUAUUUAUGAAUUUACUGAAUCUGGAGAAAAUUAUGGAAAUAUAGAUGCAGAUUUACGAGCUGAUAAUUAUGAAAACAACUACAAAGAAUGUGAAAUAAAUCCUAACAAAAAUUAUAAAUUUGAAAUAAUGAAAAAAAGAAAAGAAAUUUUAUUAAAAAAUUCAUUCAAAGGUGUUGAGAAAUAUAUCACCAGUGAAAAUAAUUAUAUUGAGAAUGUACAAACUUUAUAUAUUUAUGGAAAAAAAAAUAUUGAAACUUUUUUAAAAUGGAAACAUUUUAGAACCCUGAUAAAAAAAUAUUUUACUCUUAUGCAAAAUAAAGAAUCAGAACAGAGAAAUUUAGAUGCAGUAGAAAUAAAUCAAUUGAAUCCAAAAAAAAAUGGAGAUGAUUCAUAUACAUAUAACGAUCAAAUAACUAUUAACGAUAAUAUAUUAUUUAACAAUGGAAUUGUUAAAAAAAGAAAAUAUAAAAAACAUAAAAAAAAAAAUUUAGAAACCCCUGAAAGUUUUAAAACUAUUAUUAAUAUAUUCCCAACUGUAGGAGAUGACAUAAAACAUUGGAAUACUGAUAAAAAAUAUUCUGAACAAAAUAAUCUAAAAACAGAGAAAAAAAAAUUAAAAGAUAAAUUUACACAUGGUAAUGAAUAUGCUAAAAAUAAAGAUACAAAAAAAAAAAACAUAUAUGAUUUAUCUGGGGAUAAUAAUGGAAAAAUAAUUAAUAAAAAAUUUAUGAAUACAAAUUAUUCUAUAAAUAUCAAAAAAAAUAAUAAACGAUACAGACAAAACACAACAUUAAAACGUAAGGAUAAAAAUAUAUAUAAUAAUAAUGCAAAAAGCAACUUAUCAAUAAGCAAAAACAGAAAAGGUGGAAAAUUACAAUCCAAUCAAAAGUCAUAUAAUAAUGCUACAAAUAACGAACACCAAAAUAAAAAAUGGGAAAUCAAUAGAGAAGAGUAUGAUAGACAAAUAAAAGACGAUGAAUAUAAUAUGAUUGAUUCUGGGAAAAAAAAAAGUAAUAUUAAAUGCUCAGAUGUAGAGGAUGAAAAUGAUAGAAAAAAAAAAAAAAGAAAGAAAGACAAAUAUUAUAAUGAAGAUAAAAAAGGCAAACAUAUUAGUAAUGCUGAUGAAUAUAUGAAUAAAGCUAAUUCAACAACUGAAAAAUAUAUUCGAUGUUCUAGUAUGGUAUCAGAAAAUAGUGUAAAUUUAAAUGCACGCAUUGAUAAAAAUCCUGAUGAAUCAAGCCGAACAAAAUUGAAAAAAGGAAAUACGUAUAAUAAUAUAAAAGAAAUAAUCGAAAAUUUUAAUGAAAAACUAUUAACAAUUAUGAAAGAUAUAUCACAAGUAUUAAAUUAUAAAGCAUUUUUAAAUCAAGUUAACGAAACAUAUGCACCUAUGUAUUAUAGUGUUAUAAAAAAACCAAUGUAUAUAAAUAAAAUAAUUUUCCGAUGUAAAAAAAGAAAAUAUAAUAAUCUAAGCUUAUUUAUUGAUGAUGUAUAUUUAAUAGUAACGAAUUGUAAACUUUAUAAUACUCCCACUUCAGUUAGUGCAUACUUGCGUGAAAUUGUUGAUAAUAUGUUUCUUGAUAUAUUUAACAAAAUAAAAGGAGAUGAUAACUUACAAAAUUAUAAUUCCAUUUUAAUAGACCAUUUUUACAAAAAUAAACAUUUCAACAAUACAUGGGAAAGUAUAAAUAUGGAACAAAGUGAUUUAUUUAACAAUUCAGAAUUAAGUAUUAGCAAAACAAAUGACUUAUCAAUUAAUAAUAUACAACAAGAAAAUUUAUCAAGCAAUUUUAUACCCUCAAUUGAUACGAGCAGAAAUUACAAUAAUACUAUGGAUACAGAUUUUAAUUUAAAUACCAUGUUUGCAAAUUUUAAUAGCAGUAAUUUUCACAAUAUGGAGUCUGAUACAAGCAUGAACAAAUUGAAAGAUGAACAUGAUAACACUAAGGAAUAG